AGGCGCCGGCUGCGGCGGCCCUCGCAUCCCUGUGUCUUUGGGCGUCGGGGACGGGCGCGGGCGUAGGUCUUCGCGGAGUGGGAAGGCACGGGCGGCCACCAGGGCGCGGGCGCCGCUGCAGCAGCCCGGCGCUCUCCAGCCCGGCUUCCGCCCGCUCUCCUCCCUCACGCAUCCUUCCAAUUCUCCUUUUCCUCCUCCCCUUUUCGUUGACCCCUUUUCUUUUCUGCUGUCGCCUGGGGUGCUCCCCCAGCGGAGCGGAGAUUACAGAGUGGUCGGGAUGCCCCAACUCUCCGGGGCAGGCGGCGGCGGUGGGGGGGACCCGGAACUCUGCGCCACGGACGAGAUGAUCCCCUUCAAAGACGAGGGCGAUCCCCAGAAGGAGAAGAUUUUCGCCGAGAUCAGUCACCCUGAAGAGGAAGGUGACUUAGCCGACAUCAAGUCUUCCUUGGUUAAUGAAUCCGAAAUCAUCCCGGCGAGCAACGGACACGAGGUGGCCAGACAAGCACAAACCUCUCAGGACUCCUACCACGACAAGGCCAGAGAACACCCUGAUGACGGAAAGCAUCCAGAUGGAGGACUCUACAACAAGGGACCCUCUUACUCGAGUUAUUCCGGGUACAUAAUGAUGCCAAAUAUGAAUAAUGACCCAUACAUGUCAAAUGGAUCUCUUUCUCCACCCAUCCCGAGAACAUCAAAUAAAGUGCCCGUGGUGCAGCCAUCCCACGCAGUCCAUCCUCUCACCCCCCUCAUAACUUACAGCGACGAGCACUUUUCUCCAGGAUCACACCCGUCACACAUCCCAUCGGAUGUCAGCUCCAAACAAGGCAUGUCCAGACAUCCUCCAGCUCCCGAGAUCCCUACCUUUUAUCCCCUGUCUCCGGGUGGUGUUGGACAGAUUACCCCACCUCUUGGCUGGCAAGGUCAGCCUGUAUAUCCCGUCACGGGAGGCUUCAGGCAACCCUACCCAUCCUCCCUGUCAGUCGACACUUCCAUGUCCAGGUUUUCUCAUCAUAUGAUUCCUGGUCCUCCUGGCCCCCACACAACUGGCAUCCCACAUCCAGCUAUCGUAACGCCUCAGGUCAAACAGGAACACCCGCACACUGACAGCGACCUAAUGCACGUGAAGCCUCAGCAUGAACAGAGAAAGGAGCAGGAGCCAAAAAGACCUCACAUUAAGAAGCCUCUGAAUGCUUUUAUGUUAUACAUGAAAGAAAUGAGAGCGAAUGUCGUAGCUGAGUGUACUCUAAAGGAAAGUGCAGCUAUCAACCAGAUUCUAGGCAGAAGGUGGCAUGCCCUCUCUCGUGAAGAGCAGGCUAAAUAUUAUGAAUUAGCGCGGAAGGAAAGACAGCUACAUAUGCAGCUCUAUCCAGGCUGGUCUGCAAGAGACAAUUAUGGUAAGAAAAAGAAGAGGAAGAGAGAGAAACUACAGGAAUCUACAUCAGGUACAGGUCCAAGAAUGACAGCUGCCUACAUCUGAAACAUGGUGGAAAACGAAGCUCAUUCCCAACGUGCAAAGCCAAGGCAGCGACCCCGGGACCUCUCCUGGAGAUGGAAGCUUGUUGAACACCCAGACUGUCUCCGCGGCUUGCCCAGUCGACCCCAAAGGAGAAAUGACACCAACUUCACCCUGAGGUCACUGCUAGAGACGCUGAUCCAUAAAGACAAUCACUGCCAAACCCCCUUUCAUCUACUCCGAGAGCCAUGUUCCACAAUAAAAAGCAUACAAGGUUUUUCAAAAGAAAAAAAGCACAUGAGAAUGCUAGCAGGCCCUGGGUCAGCUGAGCAGCUUUCCUCCCCGCUCUCCGCCAUGCACUUCCCAGAGCAUCCCGCCUCCAUACCUGUAGCCUCCUGGCAAGGACAGUAACUUGGCUGCUUUUGCCUGUCCCAAGCACUGGGAGCGGCCGUAGCACAGCCGUCAGCAUCCCGGAGGGAACUUGUGGAAGAGUUCCCGCUUUGUUUCUGGCUUAUGUUUGUUUGUCUCUCUUUUCCUCAAGCUUUUAUUUAACAGUGCAAAAGGAUCAAUCGUGUUUGCUUCUUUUUUUUUUUAAACUUGAAUUUUUAAAAUUUACACUUUUUAGUUUUAAUCUUCUUGUAUAUUUUGCUAGCGAUGAGCUUUCUAAGUAAAAUCGAAAGAUCUGGAAGAGUGUGAAAUAAAAACGAAAUGAAAAGAAGCCUUCUUCUCUUGAG